AUCUCUUCAUUCAUCAUAAACUCCCAACAUCCCACUUCAAGACACAAUCUACAAACUACAUUCAUCAAAAUGUCCUACGGAGACUACCAAAACCAAGGCCGUGACCAAUACGGCGACCAACAAUACCGCGGCAACUACGGCGCCAGCGCCCCGGACUUCUCAGACGUAGUCAACCACGCCGAAAACCAUGGCGGCAGCUCAUCGUCGCUUUUCAGCCAAGCAGCUUCCUUUCUGCAACAACGACACGGUGACAUUGUUAAUGAUUCGCCUAUUGAUGAAGACCAUGUGGUGAAUUCGCAUCGGAGGUUUUAUGGCGGAGCAGCAGCAGAUAAUGCUGGACCAGCGAGUUCGAAUGAACUUGGUGCUGGGGCGGCGAUGCAGGCUCUCAAGGCGUUUACUGGUGGUGGUGCGGGUGGUGGGGGACAAAAUCAGUUAAUUGGGUUGGCGAUGGCGGAGGCUGAGAAGUUAUUUGAUCAGCAGAGUGCGAAUGGAAAUGCGAGCGGAGAUAAGCAGUCUGCUAUCAACUCGGCUGCUGAGAUGGCGUUGAAGAUGUACUUGAAGGGUCAGGGAACUGGUCUUGGUGGGACUGGGGGACCUUCGGGGUUGUUGGGCUUGGCUAGCAAGUUCUUCUAGUUGAUGUAUAGUUAGCUCUGUUUGAUGGACUUCAUUGAUGAAUAGGUGUAUUGAUGAUUGUUGAUAUAUAUAUAUAUAUAUAUACAAUAGGGUUAGGGUUAUAAUAUAACUGACUAAGCCGGAACG